AUGUUACCACAGUACGGUUCUGUGCUGCGCAAUGCCUCCCAGGUUGUGCGGAUCGUUAGCGUCCAUAGCACUACUGCUAAAGCAAUAUCCAAUACCUGCCCUGUGUCCAGUAUGGAUGUGCUGGUCUAUAACCAGAUCAACGUCCUGAACGGCACCAUGGUGAGGAUCCAGUGCAUCUUCACCUCCUGCUACAAGAUGGACGUCAAUAAGUUUGCCAUGAACUGGACCUACCAGGAGAACACCAACGAGACUGAGGAGAUGUUCAUGACCUAUAAGAAGGGGAUGAUGCCCCUGCGGACAGACCAGUUCAGUGACCGGGUGCAGUUUGUGGGUAACCUGGAAAAGAACGACUUGUCCAUCACCCUCUCUGAUGUCCAGCUGUCGGACGAGGGCGUCUAUAACUGCUACGUCCGUAACCCCCCCGACCGCAUCCAGGGCCACGGAAUCAUCAACAUGUUUGUCGUCACAGAAUUGCCUCCCCCGCGGGACUCGACAAUAGCGGUGGCGAUCGGGGCGUCAGUCGGCGGUGCGCUGGCUCUGCUCAUCCUGUCCAUGGUGGUGGUGAAGUGUAUACGGCGUCACAAGAAACAAGAGCUCAUCUCUGACGAGCAGAAGAUGGAGGAAGAGGGCAAGCUGGAUGCAGAGGGGUGCCCCGAGGAGGGAACCAAGUGA